UUCGAGACAUCACAACGCAAAGGAUGCGUGCGAUCACGGUUUAGAUAUUUAUAUACAAAUAACAAAAUUAAAAUUUUAAUAAUACAUGCAUUUUUUCGUCUUCUAUAAACAAACAAAUAUAAUUAUUACUAUUGCUCUCUCACAACUGUCAAAUCUUGGAAAAUAAAUUUAACAAGUGUAUUUAUUGAGACAUUACAAAAACGAAUAAACUGGAUUACCAUUAUAUUUUUUUUAAUGAAAUCAUAUGAUUUUGUAGAUUUAUAAACAAUAAUUAACUGUGAAAUAAAAUAUUGCCAACAAAAUCAGAACAGAUCAAAGUGUGAAUAAAAGAGUUAAAAAAAAAUCUUUUUGUUGUUGUAAGUGAUGAUGCUGGCGCGUAUUCGAAAAUAACGGAUAUUUAGUCAGAAUAAAAGAGAAAGCUGUUUCAUAUUAAACUAAAAGUUAAUAUUUAAAUUCCGAAAACGGGGAAUAUUAAUUCUGUAAACGGAGAGAAGUCUGAGAGAGGGCAGUCGCAGAGAAGCAAAGAAAACCGCUUUGAAACAAAAUUAUUAUAAAGUUUCUAAUUCAAAUUAUAUACCCAGAAGCGGCUCCAAGAUGCAGAACUGGGAUUCAAUGCAGCCAGCAGCCAAUUACGAGCACAAUUGGUACAGCAACAUGUUCCAUCAGACAAUCAAGCAAGAGCCUUCACAAUCCACCACCCCCACCACAAAUCAACUGGAGCAUUAUCUCAACAUGAAACAGCAGGAGCUGUCAUCGGCGAUGACUCCUUCGCCACGAGUUCCCGACUCAAAUGUCAAUUCGGCGAUGAUAGGGGGCGAUGUUGGUAACAAUACACAGCAUUACUUUGACAGCUCGACGGGAAUGUUGCAUCAACAUCAUCCACUCGGAUUUAAUCCACUUACUCCACCAGGGCUGCCAAAUGCUGUCUUGCCUUCGAUGUCACAUUUUUAUCAACAGAAUACCCAUCAAAGUGUCAGUACAGGACAUCCUGUUGAAUCUGUGACCAAAAUGGAUCAACAGUCUACGAAUAACAACUCACUUACACCGAGAAAUACUCCACCGAUGGAUGUGACUCCACCCAAGUCACCCAAACUAUCACUAAUGAUUUCCACUUCGAGUGAGUUAGAUCAAGAUGUGAUGUCAUCUAAUUCUAGUGAGGACAUGAAAUACUUAGAAAGCGAGGAUGACGAAAGUAUCCGCUUGCCAAUCUAUAAUUCACAUGGAAAGAUGAAGAAUUACAAAUGCAAGACUUGUGGAUUUCUGGCUAUAACAAAAGUGGCCUUUUGGGAACAUGCACGUUGUCAUAUGAAGCCUGAAAAAACACUUCAAUGUUCCAAAUGCCCUUUUGUCACCGAAUUAAAGCACCACCUUGAAUAUCACAUUAGGAAGCACAAGAAUUUAAAGCCAUUCCAAUGCGACAAGUGUAACUACAGCUGUGUUAACAAGUCUAUGUUGAACUCCCACCGGAAGUCACACUCGUCGGUGUAUCAGUAUCGUUGUUCUGACUGUGAUUACGCCACAAAAUACUGCCAUUCUUUUAAAUUACAUUUAAGAAAGUACGACCAUAAGCCCGGCAUGGUUUUAGAUGAAGAUGGUGCACCCAAUCCAUCUGUUGUAAUUGAUGUCUAUGGAACACGACGUGGGCCAAAAAUGAAGUCCGGCAGGAAAGAAUCAACUGGGGCGUCAAAGAUGCCACAAUUGAGUGCAGCCUUGCAAGGAUUUGCCCUUAAUCAGCACAACAAUCAACACAACAUGCCUGCUUCUCCAGCCAAAAGUACUGCUUCGUCAUCGUCAGAGAUAGUUCCAAAUACCCAGUCGAAUAUUCAAGCUAACCACCAGCAUUUACAGCAGUCAACUUCCACUCAACAAGAACAAAUCGAACAACACCAUCAUCAGCAACAACAGCAGCAGCUUUCUAAUCUCAUCCCCUCAUCGUUGUCAGCGAUUCUGCAACAACAAAGAAACAUACCAUUUUUUCCUUAUUGGAACCUUAAUCUUCAAAUGUUGGCUGCCCAACAACAAGCUGCUGUUUUGGCCCAGUUAUCGCCAAGGCUUCGUGAAACAGCAUUACAAAAUCUGCAAGAUAAGCAAGAAGACAAAAAUGCAAGCUUUAUAAAUGAAGAUGACGAAGAGCAUGAUGAAAGUUGUGACGGAACAGCUAUGGAUCUCACGGCCGCUACUCCAACUAAAAACAACGAAGACAUCAAUUCUUCUAUUGUAAACCUUAAAUUGAAAGAGGAUGACCAGCAUGAGACUCCUCUUAUAAGUUCGUCCAAUCAGUUCCGUCGCAAAGGUCGAGCACUAAAACUUGAUGCAGCUCUUCAAGCUAAGGAAAAUUCCUUGAGUCCAGAAGAGAAGCCUCGACUUAGCCCGAAUCCAAAUGAGGUUCCGUCAUCUUCAUCAUUCGAUGAUCCAUCAAAAGAGAGUGAAACCUCACAAUCUAAUGAAGACUCGUCAAGGCCCUCCAACAGCACCUCAAAUCCAACAUCAACUCCCACAACCCACUCCACGUCCACAACCAACAAAUCACCUCCAUCGGGCGCCAUUUUCGAAUGCAAAUAUUGUGAUAUAUAUUUCCGUGAUGCAGUCCUUUACACUAUUCAUAUGGGCUAUCACAGUUGUGAUGAUGUAUUCAAGUGCAACAUGUGUGGUGAAAAAUGUGAUGGUCCCGUCGGAUUGUUCGUCCACAUGGCACGCAAUGCUCACUCUUAAAAGAGAGUUCACUUGAUAAACCCCUUUUUUGUUAUUUCAUAGCUCGUUUUUGGGAGAUAUUCAAAAUCAACCAAAAACAGAGUUUCGUUGUCAAAGAUUGUAAAUAUUAACAUAAUAAAAUUUAUAUUUUGUUAUGAAAAAAUUAAAUAUAAGUAAAAAAAUACUGUUGUCCAAAAUUGUACAUACUAUGAAUUUAAAAAUCAAAACAUGUUGUUUUUUAUAAGUUUUUAUAAGUAUUUAUAUAAAAACAUAAAUGUUGUUUUUUUUUCUUUUA